GCCUUACACGUGCUACUAAAUGUGAGGUUAUGUGACAUAGAUCAGCUCUUGUUACUAUUGAUGAAACAAUUUUCUUCGUGAAUACAAAAAAGAAAGCAACGUUAAAAUGUCUUCGUGGAAGAAAGCUGCAAAGAUGAGCCAGAAGACCCACCGGGAACGUCAUCAACCGGAGGCUCGCAAACACCUGGGAUUAUUGGAGAAAAAGAAAGACUACAUUGCCAGAGCUAGGGACUUCCAGGAAAAGCGAGCGACGAUCAAACUCCUAAGAAAGCGUGCGAUAAAUAAGAAUCCGGAUGAGUUUCAUUUUCAUAUGAUUAAUUCCAAAGUGGUGAAUGGCGUUCAUCGAGAGAAGGAUAAGGAAGAUCAGCACACGCCUGAACAAAUCAAGCUAAUGGAGACACAGGAUCUCAGAUAUGUAGCAUACAAGAGGAACAUUGAGGCAAAGAAGAUAGACAAGUUGCAGAGUCAGUUACAUAUGAUUGAUGCAGCCAACGAAACACAGAAUCAGCAUAUCUUCUUCUUGGACGACGAUGAGAUGAAGAAUUUUGACCUCGCCAAGAAAUUUGAUACACAUCCAGCGCUUCUGUCCAGGCGCACAAAUCGGCCUACUUUAAGUGCAAUCAAAAAUAUGAAACUACCGGAAUUGGAUAACAAAACUAUUGCUAAGCUCGAGCAAAAGAAACACAUGGCUUACAAAGAACUCGAAAAGAGGAUCGAUAGGGAACGUGAACUGACGGUCGUGCAGCAGAAGCUUGAGGUACGCAGAGCGCUGAAAGAUAAGAAAAUCAGGAAACCGAAACUAGUGAAAUCUGGCUCGAAGGAUGCCGCUCCUAUUUAUAGGUGGAAGUUUGAGAGAAAACGAUAACUUAUUUGUGUA